AUGGGUGAUCUAAAAUAUGGCUACACAAAACUUUCUGCAGGAGAACUUCUUCUUGAUGAAAGGAAGAACCCAGAUACACAGUAUGGUGAACUCACUGAAAAGUACAUUAAAGAUGGAAAGAUGGUGCCAGUUGAGAUAACUAUCAGUUUGUUAAAGAGUGAAAUGGAUCAGACAAUGGCUGCCAAUGCUCAGAAGAAUAAAUUCUUAAUUGAUGGGUUUGCAAGAAAUCAAGACAACCUUCAGGGUUGGAAGAAGACCAUGGAUGAGAAGGCAGAUGUGUCUUUCAUUCUGGUUUUUUACUGUAAUAGUGAGAUCUGUAUUGAACGAUGUCUUGAGAGGGGAAAGAGUAGUGGUAGAAGUGAUGAUAACAGAGAGAGUUUGGAAAAGAGAAUUCAGACCUAUCUUCAGUCAACAAAGCCAAUUAUUGACUUAUAUGAAGAAAUGGGGAAAGUCAAGAAAAUAGAUGACUCUAGGUCUGUUGAAGUUUUUGAUGAAAUUGAUAAGAUUUUUGACAAAAAAAGGUUUCAAAUUUCCAACCUGUUAAAUGAAUUUGUAGACCAAAUUCCAAAGGAAAUUUUUGUGUAG